GGAAUUCAAACAAAUGACAACGGACGAAGACUGCCGGCUCAAACUGUCUCCGGAACAGACUCACGUAACCAGAAACCUUGCUACAUCGGUGUCCACUGUCCUGAAGAAUUGAAGAUCGAGCGUGUGAACUCGUUCGAAAAUGUGUCACCUGGCGGUUGAGUAGAAUGUCUGCGAAGACUUAGCAUGUUGCACUUCCACCAAAUGUACCCUUGCGUCGCGCUACGUAGAGACGAGCAAAUGGCCGACAACCCACUAAAACGAGGAGACGGCGUUCCGUACCGCCAAAGUCAACAUGCAUCAAAAUAUGCAACUAAAUCGAAUUAUGUCUGUAGAGUAGUGGCCCGGCAUAUCCGGGGAACAGCAGUUGUGUAGCCGGGUACUGUACUUGUGCAACGGACGUGAGACUGGAAGUCUAACAGAGUAUUACCGUGAGUACACAACACUGGCGACGAGGAUGGUCGAUCAAGAACCACAAGCUAGCAACGGCAGAGCACAGAUAGCAGACGCACCCCGUGGACCACUGCUAGGGAAGCCGAGUCGCUACGUUCCGGGAGGAGAUUGGCCAAGCUAUACGGAACAGAUGGAUUUCUUCUUCGUGGCUAAUGGUGUGUCAAACGCGCAGCACAAGAAAGCAAUCUUGCUGACGAAUGUUCCCACAGAAACAUUCCAAUUGAUCAAGGACCUGUUGGCGCCAACACCACCUAGCGACGGCGGCGUCACAUAUGAACAGAUCGUACAGGUGGUAAAGGACCACGUCAAGCCCGAACAAUCUCCUCUCGUGAGUCGUUAUGAAUUUGACACUAGGGUGCGUAAAUCUACGGAGUCGGUGAGUGAUUUUGUCAAAGUCCUCAGGCACCUAGCAGCAAAGUGCAAAUUCCACGAUGACCAAAGAAAUGAGCGUCUCAGAGACAGAUUCAUAGCGGGUAUCAAAGAUGAUCGGAUGUUGAGGACGCUAUUAGGAGAGACGUUGACUGACCUUACGUUUGACAAAGCCGUACAACGUUGUGUGGCAAUGGAGCAAGCCAGUAGGGAUGUGGAGACGCUCAGAGGAGAGGCAGGACUCCAACCACGACCACACGAAGGCACGGUCGGGAUGGCUGAGGUUCAUCAAAUGACAACGGGAUCAACCACAUGUUAUCGAUGCGGAGGAGCACAUGAAGCCAGAGAGUGUCGAUUUAGAACAGCUACAUGUUUUCGUUGUCAAAAACAAGGACAUGUACAAAGGAUGUGCAGGACCAAACCAGGUCCAAGAAAAGAAGUCCAAUCUGACAAGGGACCAAUUCGGAAGGAAAAUAAGAAGAAACCAGCGAUGAAAUGCCUGGAAGCAUGGGAGAAGGAGGAACAUAGUGAGAGUGACAGUGACUUGUACAACUUGUUCAGUCUUGGAAGAAACCACGCCAUGGAGGUACAGGUGCAAAUUGAACGGAAACCCAUUGUCAUGGAAUUAGACACUGGGGCGGCCGUAUCAGUCAUAAGUCAUGAGGAAUACAAGAGGAAACUAAGACAGCAGGUCUCCAUCAAAGAGACAGAUCUGUUGCUGCACACGUAUACUGGAGAGACCGUCAAACCAAUGGGAGUGUGCACAGUGAACGUAGAACAUAAUCACCAGAAACAACAGUUGCCCUUGUAUGUACUACCCGGAAAAGGGCCAGCUCUUUUGGGACGAGAAUGGCUGAAAGCCAUCCGACUGCAAUGGUCACUCCUCCAUCUGAACGCAACUCAAGAACUAGAAGACCUGCUAGCACGACACCCCAAUGUGUUUGGAUUGGGGUUGGGGCGCAUGAAAGGCAUCAAGGCCCGAAUAGCGUUGCGGAGUGACAGCACACCACGUUUUUGGAAGGCAAGACCGGUGGCUUUCGCGAGGAAGAAAGCCGUGGAGCAAGAACUAGAUAGGCUGGAGUCUGAGGACGUGAUAGAACGGGUACAGCACAGCGAGUGGGCGGCGCCAAUAGUUACUCCUGUCAAGAAAGGAGGCAACGUUCGGAUUUGCGGCGAUUUUAAAGUGACCGUUAACCCACAGCUAGAGAUAGACACCUACCCACUCCCUCGAAUUGAGGAGAUUUAUGCAGGCUUGGGAGGAGGGAAACACUUCACAGUCAUCGACCUGAAGCAAGCCUACUUGCAAAUGGAGCUGCAAGAAGACUCCCAGUUGGCAAUGACCAUCAACACCCAUAGGGGCCUGUAUCGGUUCAAGCGCCUACCGUUCGGAGUAGCUUCAGCCCCAGCAAUAUGGCAACGAGCGAUGGAACAAGUUCUGAUGGGAAUACCGGGCACCAGAUGCUACCUGGACGAUAUCAUCAUCACGGGCCACACCCUAGAAGACCACUUGACCAACUUGGAGAUGGUUCUUCAUCGGCUGGAGGAGUAUGGCUUGAAGGCUAACAAAGAGAAGUGCAAGUUCUUGAGCGAUUCCGUAGAAUAUUGUGGCCACAUAAUAUCGGCGAAAGGUCUACACACAUCGGAAAAGAAGACACGAGCCAUCACUCAGAUGCCAGUACCAUCUAGUAUUCAACAGCUGAGGUCUUUCCUUGGAAUGAUCCAAUAUUACGCCAGAUUCUUGCCAAAUCUGUCGACGGAGCUUGCACCUUUGCAUGACCUGUUGAAAAAGGACGCCCCGUGGGAGUGGGGUGAAGACCAGGGAAAAAGCUUCACCAAGGUCAAACAGAUGUUGUUGCAAGAUAGGAUUCUCACACAUUUUGAUCCUGGGUUACCAGUAACACUUGCUUGCGACAGUUCAUCCUAUGGACUAGGCGCAGUCCUUUCACACAUGUUUCCGGACGGUAGCGAACGACCCAUCGCAUAUGCUUCCCGUUCUCUAAGCGGGGCGGAGAAACAGUAUGCGCAAAUAGAGAAGGAGGCGCUUGCACUUUACUGGGGAGUAAAGAAAUUCAGACUGUAUCUGGAAGGGCACCGGUUUACACUGAUCACCGACCAUCAACCACUGAAAUUUAUUUUGAGCCCUGACAAGGCUAUUCCAGUCACCGCUGCAGCUCGACUACAACGCUGGAGUUUGUUUCUGGGAGCAUUUACAUACGACAUCCAGUACCGGCCAACAGGGCAACAUGCCAACUGUGAUGGACUAUCACGACUACCUGUGGAUGACGAGAUUCCAGAUCGAACAGAUGAUACAGCCAUUUUUUACAAUAGCAUUGUGGAUACCUUGCCGGUUACAGCAAAAGAUAUUGAAAGGGCAAGCAGACAAGACCGCCUCAUAUCUCAGGUCAUGGAGAUGGUGCAGCAAGGAGGGCAGUCACUGGAUACAGAAAAGGAACUGAUCCCGUUCAACAGGAGGAGAAACGAAUUGAUUACACAUCAGGGGGUCCUGAUGUGGGGAUCUCGAGUGGUGGUACCAACCAAGCUUAGAGCAAGGGUGUUGGAAACCUUGCAUGAGGGCCAUCCCGGGAUGGUGAAAAUGAAGGGUUUAGCUCGGUCAUUCGUGUGGUGGCCGGGCAUAGAUGGAGACAUUGAAAGAGAGGUUCGACACUGUGUAGGAUGUCAAGAGAAUGCGAGGACACCUGGUAGAGGGCCGCUCCAUAGAUGGGAGUACCCAGCUAAACCUUGGCAGAGGCUGCACGUAGAUUUUGCAGGACCCCUCGACGGACAGAUGUAUCUUUUGGUCAUCGAUGCAUACAGCAAAUGGCCUGAAAUUUUUUCCAUGAGAAGCACCGUGGCUGAGGAGACAGUGGCAACUUUGCGGACAUUGUUUGCUCGGUUGGGCCUACCUGACCAAGUAAUAUCAGAUAACGGUCCACAGUUUACAUCAGAGUGUUUCAGAAUGUUCAUGUGCAAGAAUGGUAUUCGACAUGUCACGGGGGCACCAUAUCAUCCCGCGACGAAUGGUCAGGCGGAGCGUUUGGUGCAAUCAUUCAAGAGAGCCAUGAAAGCAGAGAAAAGGGAGAGAACAGCACAACACAAACUGGAUAGGUUUUUGCUUUCAUAUCGGAACUCCCCUCAGGCCACUACGGGACAGAGUCCGGCUCAGCUUUUGUUGGGUAGAAACAUCAAGUCAAGACUGGACUUGGUUAAACCAAGUGUGGAACGGGAAGUCAACAGCAAACUGAUACAAAACGAAUAUCGUCCGCCAAAGGGUUUUGCCAAAGGACAAGCGAUCUGGUUUAGAAAUUACCAUCUGGGCCCCAAGUGGCUUGUCGGAACCGUCGAGGAGCAAACUGGACCGGUGUCCUACAGAGUGGCAACGCCUACCAGAACACACAGGUUACACGCGGACCAAAUGAGAUCAGGGCCACAUCCUGAGGGAGUCCCUAGCAAGGAUACAGGUUCAAAGACAGAAGAGGUAGCGUUGUCUCAGCCAUUACCAGGGCGAGAGCCAGUAACUGGGCAAGAGGGGGAAACACAGACACAACAAGAAAUGGACAGCAGACAGGAAGCUCCUAACGAAUGUCAGAUACCAGAGCCACCCACACCAGUACCAGAAGGAGGAAAUGCCACAUGUACCAGGUCAGGGCGGAGAGUACUACCACCCGCUCGCUUGGCAGAAUAUGUUACGGACUAUGCAAAGUGAUUGGUUGUUUUAGCACUAGUUUUAGCGCUGUUGGGUUGCGUUGUUUCAGAAUAGCACAGGGGGUGUAGAGUAGUGGCCCGGCAUAUCCGGGGAACAGCAGUUGUGUAGCCGGGUACUGUACUUGUGCAACGGACGUGAGACUGGAAGUCUAACAGAGUAUUACCGUGAGUACACAACAAUGUCCACCAAGAUCUCGGUGGGUGCGUGGGCGAGGCUUGGCAGGAGUCGUUGUAUUGCUGUUUGCCAGACCGUUUC